GUAUAAAUUUCGAUCUCUUUCGAUCUUGACCUUUCCUAUUGAGUACUUUUCAACAAUGUUUGUACAAGUUUUUAUCAAAAACAAAAAUGAAUAUCGGAGGGCUGCCUUGAUACGCAUUAAAGAAGACUACAAAAUUUUUGAUCUAAAAGUAGUGUUGGAGAAGCACACCAAAAUUCCAGUGGAACAUCAAAAUAUUAAAUUUUUCGAUGCUGUUCUCAAAGACGAAUACCUCUUGUGCAAGGUGGCGAAGAAAUGUAAAGCUGACCUCUUCGCUUUUUGUAAUGAAGAAGUCUUUAGUCGCAUCCAGUUUUUGGACAAUGUAGAACACCGCUGCCAAUCAAUGCUGAAGCUUAACGACCAGAGGGUGAACAUGCAGUUGUGCAAUGAAGUUCGGCCGCAGAUCGUCGGUUUUGCCGGUGGGUGCUCAAGGGAGAGAGAGAGUUCGGUGACAAGUAGCAGUGGCCUCUCUAGUAAGAGAAGCUGCUUUAUGUCAUCCUGCCAUUCUAAAUCUGAACGCAAGGCCUGCCGUGACCCAUGUGACGUAAAAUGCUGCGAUGGGGAGGAUAAUCGUCCGCCGUACGCUAGGAUAAUGCCCGAAGAUCGCCGAUUUGGUGUAGUUAUCACCAAUGAGGAGUGCCCCUGCGACUGUGAAUUCAAUUGCAUUUUAGAGUUCAUGGCAGAGGCAUUCCAUACUACGCAGGACGUCGCCUCCCUGAACUUUAGUCAGUGUACUCCGGUAGCUGAAUUCGACUGCUCUUUGUUGCUCGUUGCCGAGGACAGUGACUCGAGUGAUUGGCUUCUCCGGGUAGCCCGACCAAUGUGUCCACCAUACAGAUGCACGUCAUUCAUCAAACACUUUGAUCUGGUGCGGUGCACAUUUGUUAUUCCGAUGAUCGUGGAACGACGGCUCUGCAAUGUCUUUCAAAUAUUUGAAAACCAAAACUGCGGCCUUGACACCGGAAAAUGGUGCGUGAUGGAGAUGGCUCCUUUGGAUAUUUGCUCAGAUACAUAUGCGUCGAAGGUAAUCUUCCCGGAUUCCAUCAACUAUGAGAUUGUGGCUUACAUCGACAACGAAUCCAAGGAAUACAUUGAGCAUCACUGCAGCAAGCUAAAGUAUAUAACGUGGCAUCUGCCUGUGGACUUCCCCGAAGGCUUGUCAUGUACAUAAGAUCUUAUGUCCAUAAGAUAAUCGCAUUAUAUGUAUUCUAUUUGUACGCACACAAAUAUAAUCAAUAUAUCAUACAUUCUUUUAUGAAA